AUGUCUCUGCCAUUCCACCUCGAUCCGCAGGCACAUCUCCAGGGUCUGCGACUGCCUCCGCUACCACUCACUCAUCUGCCUUUCGCUCUUCCGACAUCAUCUGCCGCUGCUAUGGCUGGCCAAUCCGUAUACCCGCCUUCUGGAGGUCAAGAAACUCCCCGCAGCGAAGUAGAUCUCGACUUAGCCCUCCAGCUUCAAGAGCUCGAAAUCAACACCCUCAAGGACACUGUCGCCAUGCGAAAUGAGACGACCAAAGACCUAUGCGACACGAUCGCCAUCCAAAAGGAAGCGACUCAAGACUUUCGCGCCGUCAUCAAGGAUCUUCGGGAGCGCAAUGGCGAUCUUCAGGAAACCAACAGGGACCUCGCUUCCAAGAACGCGGCCCACGUAGACCAGCGAAACGAGCUUCAAGAGACCAAAAUUGAGAUGGCACAGCUCCGGGACGACUAUCUUGAGUAUCGCGACAAUUGGAAUCGCAGUGAGGAGCUCGUCGGCGAGCUGCACACCAAGGCCAAGGAACAGAACGAGACCAUCCAAGACCUUCAACAGCAAUACUCAAGCUUAAGCACUAUCUACAAGAAUCAUAGUCUAUAUGUAUCUCGGGUCUCUGCAGCGUACAAGGCCAAGGAUACGGCGUUCCAGGAACUUAAGAACGCGCAUGAUGAGCUUCAGGUCACCUACAUGACUAAGACCGGCGAGCAUAGCGCAGCUAUGAACGAUCUCUCUGCAUCGUACGAGGCUAAGGAAGUAGAGCUACAAGAGCUGAAGGAUGAACUGCAAGAGCUUCGCGACUACUACAAGGGCCAGGAAGAGAUUAUGGAAGGGCUGAUGCCUAGGACCAAGGAGGAUGAUGAGAUUAUCGCUACACUGAACGCCAAGGUCAAAGAGCAAGAUGACGCUCUCACCCUGUCGCAGCAGCAAGUACAAGACCAAGAAAACACCAUUACCGAGUUGGAGGAGCGACUUGCCGAGGCCAAGAAGAGUGAAGGAGUAGAUGCGGAGGCUAUCGCGGAGUCUGAGCGACAGCUAAGCACAAAGAACGACGAGAUCGCCGAGUUGCAAGAGCAAGUCUCCAAGGGCAUGUCUGGUGCCUUCACCCGUAAGAUUGUUGAUCAUAUGGAGGCCAAGAUCAAGAAGCGCGACGAGGCUCUUAAGAAGUUGCAGCGGCAGGUACAGGAAAAGGACAACCUCAUCAGGUACUUGCAGGUAGAGGUUUCCUUCUUAAAGGGCGAGGUUGACUACUCGGAGGACGACGACGACGGCGACUACUGGGCGAACCGUGAAUCAUGA